AUGUCAGAUUGUUUAGCACUGACGAUCGCUAUUGUUGGUACGCUUGCCCCUCUAUUUGCUUCAUGCGACUAUUAUAACAGCACCCUGCACCCACCAGGACCUACUGGAUUCAUCGGCAGCAUCAUCACUCCGACGUUCGUUAAGGCAGCAAAGGACGGCGAAAUCGCUCAACUUCGCUUGCUCACGACCGACGUCAAGAAGCCGAAGAUACAGAAGUACGUUGAAGACGGAGGAGAACAGGUAGAAGCCUUCGGUAUCAACUAUGAUCAGCCGUCGACCCUGGAAGAUGCCCUUCGUGGUGUUAAUGUGCUCGUGAGCGUCAUGGGCGCUGAAGGGGACUACUCGAAGAGGAAGACAGUGCUCCUGGAUGCAGCAUGUCAGUCAGGGGUGGAAGUGUACUUUCCCUCUGAGUGGGGAACGAACCAUAACAGGACUAAACGGUAUCAUCCCAUAUUCGAGGCAAAGAGCCACCACCAUCACGACGCGGAGGCUCGUGGACUGAAGGUGGUUGCUGUAUACACCGGGCUUAUCAUCGAGUUUUGCUUCUGCAAAUGGUUUGGGGUCGACUCUGCUAAGAAUACUUGGGUCAUACCGGGCACCGGUAAUGAGCCUUGCGCAAUGACUUCGUCAGCCGACUUAGGGCCCUACUCGCUAAGAGCUGUACUACUGUCCCACAAUGAACCGGAUAGGAUGCCGUCCCAAUUGGAGAUUUACUCCGAUAAAGGCACAUGGAAUUCAUACGCAGACGCGAUGGAAAAGGUGUCCGGAAACCCGAUCCGACGGGAGUAUCUCUCUCUUGAACAAGCGGUCAAGAACUAUGACGCAGUGAAGGACACGCUGCCUCCGCACAUGCUAGGCCCUUUCCUCCCGAUCCUCACGGCAGAGAAUGCGUUUGAUCAUUCGGAGGAUGGUAUCAAAGUGUUAAAUCCUGAUCAUAAGUUCUUCAAGCCGAAGACUGUAGCCGAGUAUGCUUUGGAGGUGGAUGGUAAACCAUGGCUAAAUUCGAGCCCUUUCGGGUGA